UACAUAUUUGAGGAGGCCAAAUGCUCUCUUUCGCUCGUCAUUUAUCUUUCUACUCACAAUAUGCCUUCACGAAUAGUUACGCGGGCGCGGCCUUUGAGUGUACCACGCAUUAAUGCGUGUGCGCCGAUGACUACCACACCUGUCACCUCACCAUUCAGCCGGAAAGAGACAUCUGCCCAUCCCGUGGUACACAGACAACCACGGAAUCGAGUGUUCAAGGAUUUACCACUCUCCGACCUGGUCCGCACACUAUCCGUCCUCUCUGUAGCCGCACUCCCAGCUCCUCUCCUCUCAGCAAUCAUUGGCUUCGUCCGGAGACACAGCAGCGCAAUUGUCUCAUCACGUAUCCUAUCAUGGCCUAUACGACGGACCUUCUACAAGGCGUUCUGUGUCGGCGAGUCCAAGUCCGAGAUUGCCGCGAACAUCGCCACUCUUCGAUCUCGGGGCAUCAAUGGCGUAGUCCUCUCUUUUGCACGCGAAGCGAAGCUGGACGGUAAUGAAACAAACUCUACAUCUGCGAAGGAAGAUGCUGGGUUGAAGAGCUGGGUGGCGUCCAAUAUUGAGACCAUCGCCCAGGUCAGCUCGAGCGAUUACAUCGCGGUGAAGUUCACGGGAGCGGGCGCAAAAGCUGUGCAAGCUAUGCAGAACUUUAAGUACACGGAUUCCAGCAAGAUCGAUGGCUUGAAGGCUCUAAAAGAGGGCAUGUUCGAGGUGUGCGAGUUUGCAAAGCAGCGCGGUGUCAAGGUCAUGGUGGAUGCUGAGUCGUCGCUGCACCAGCCUGCGAUCGACUACCUCACACUGGAAGCAAUGGCCAAAUACAACACUGAUGGCAGCGCUCUGGUAUUCAACACCUACCAGAUGUACCUCAAAGCUUCCCUCGACAAGCUCAAGUCCCACCUCAACAUCGCCAGCUCCAAAGGCUACACCAUGGGCAUCAAGCUCGUCCGCGGCGCCUAUAUCUACGUCGAGCCCGAUCGCGCAGGCAUCAUACAAGACACAAAGCCCGACACCGACAACGCCUACGAUUCCGCCGUCGACCUGCUCCUCCGCGGCACACACACCACGGCGGCGCAACCCUGGACGGCCGAGGUCAUGCUCGCAACACACAACACACAGAGCGUCGACACCGCGAUGUCUCUCUUCCGCUCGCGGCCGACCGGAAAGCAGCCCGUGCAGAAGCUCGUGUUUGCGCAGCUGAUGGGUAUGGCAGAUGAGAUCUCGAUGAAGCUUGCGAGCGAAAUCAAGAGCAUGGAUGGGGCAGUGAACGCAGGUGAUGUGAGUGUGUACAAGUACAGUGUGUGGGGUUCGCUGGAGGACUGCUUGUUGUAUAUGUUGCGGAGAGCGGAGGAGAACCAGGAUGCUGCGGCACGGAGUAGGAUUACAGCGGGGUUGAUGCUGAGCGAGAUUGGGAACCGCAUGACAUUCUGGAGAUGAGUAUGAUACCACGAUGACGAAUUGAUGAAUAGCAA